AUGAGAGAACAGUGGAUCAGAACAUACUCGUUGAGAGUGACCCACGAGGCAUUGAGAAAGUGCAAGCAGUACCACGGUGAAGAUGCGCAAAAGAACUGCAGACCUUUGGUGUUGAAGUACAUGAAGAUGCUUGAAUCCUACCCAUUGCAAGGCUACUUGGGCUACCAAAAGAACGAUCCAUCCCAAUAG